GGAGGAGGCGGCGCGGCGCGGGCGCUCCCGGGCGGCGCAACAGAUGGCUGAAAGCUAGCAAGGCACUUUCAGGACCAUGAUGGCUCAGUUUCCCACGGCGGUGAAUGGAGGGCCAAACAUAUGGGCCAUCACCGCAGAAGAGCGGGCCAAGCACGACAAGCAGUUUGAUAGCCUUAAACCCAUGGGAGGCUACAUUACAGGUGAUCAAGCACGUACCUUUUUUUUGCAAUCAGGUCUACCAUCUUCAGUCCUCGCUGACAUAUGGGCACUGUCAGACUUGAACAAAGAUGGAAAAAUGGAUCAACAGGAGUUCUCUAUAGCCAUGAAACUCAUCAAGCUGAAAUUACAAGGACAGCACUUGCCUAUGGUUCUCCCUCCUGUCAUGAAACAAACUCCAGUACUUUCACCUCUAAUGUCAGCUCGCUUUGGAAUGGGUAGUAUGCCAAAUUUGUCCAUGCCAACAUCCAUGUCUACGAUCACACCGUUAGCUCCAAUGUCUCUGACCUCAAUGACAUCCGUUCCUCCUUUGGUUAUUUCUGCUCCCCUGGUGCCUUCUGUCAGUACCUCAUCACUGCCAAACGGAACAUCCAGCCUUCUGCAGCCUUUGGCCAUACCUUUCUCUUCAAUGCAGCCUCAUACCGGUUCCUUAGGUCCCAUGGCAGGAGGGUUUGGUGGAUCUAACAUGCAGAAGGCACAGUCACUAAUUGAUUUAGGAUCUAGCAGUUCAAAUUCUUCCUCUAGUGCUUCGCUAGCUGGGAAUUCACCAAAGAUUGCACCUUCAGACUGGGCAGUUCCUCAGGCUUCCAGAUUAAAAUACAGACAGAAAUUUAACAGUCUUGAUAAAAGUAUGAGUGGAUAUUUAUCAGGAUUUCAAGCAAGGAAUGCCCUUCUGCAAUCAAACCUCUCGCAGACUCAGCUGGCUACUAUUUGGUCAUUGGCUGAUAUUGAUGGAGAUGGACAGCUGAAAGCAGAUGAGUUUGUGUUAGCCAUGCACCUAACUGAUAUGGCCAAAGCUGGGCAACCUCUGCCACUAACUCUGCCUCUGGAGCUGGUACCACCUUCCUUCAGGAGUGGAAAAUACUCUGAAAAUAUCAAUGGAACUCUGCCGUCUUACCAGCCUGUGCAAGAGGAGGAGCCACAGAAAAAACAGCCAGUGACAUUUGAGGACAAAAGAAAAGCAAACUAUGAGAGAGGAAACGUGGAGCUGGAAAAACGCCGUCAGGUCCUGUUGGAACAGCAGCAGAGAGAGGCAGAACGUAAGGCUCAGAAAGAAAGAGAAGAACAAGAACGAAGAGAGAGGGAACGUCAGGAGCAGGAACGGAAAAAACAGCUUGAAUUGGAAAGGCAGCUGGAGAGACAACGAGAGCUGGAAAGACAAAGGGAAGAAGAAAGGAGGAAAGAAAUAGAAAGGCGGGAGGCAGCAAAGCAAGAACUGGAGCGCCAGCGGCGUUUGGAAUGGGAGAGAAUUCGUCGCCAAGAACUUCUUAAUCAGCGUAACAGAGAACAAGAAGAAAUUAUCAAGUUGACCUCUAAGAAGAAGAGCCUUAAUCUUGAAUUAGAAGCUCUGACGGACAAACAUCAGCAAAUCUCAGGCAGAUUGCAGGAUGUUCGAAGCAAGAAGCAGAUUCGGAGGACUGAGCUGGAGGCUUUAGAUAGAAAAUGUGACCAAGGAAUUAUGGAAGUCAAGCAACUACAACAGCAACUUCAGGAGUAUCAGAAUAAGCUGACUUAUUUAGUUCCUGAAAAGCAGUUGUUAAGUGAGAGAAUUAAAAACGUUCAACUCGACAGCACUCAAAAUGCAGGAAUUGCUUCAGUGCAGAAGAAGUCUCUAGAAAAGGAAGAAUUAUGCCAAAGACUUAAGGAACAGUUAGAUGCCCUUGAGAAAGAAACUGCUGCUAAGCUUGCUGAAAUGGAUGCGUUUAACAGCCAGCUGAAGGACCUGAGAGAAAGCUACAGCACACAGCAAUUAGCCUUGGAGCAGCUCCAUAAGAUCAAACAGAGCAAAAUAAGAGAGGUAGAGAAAAGAAGAGCCGAACUUGCGCAGAAAAAGCGGCUGGAAGAUGAAGCUGCAAGGAAAGCAAAAAGGGAGAAGGAGAACCGGUGGCAGGAAAAUAUCCGAAGGGAAGAAGAGGAGAAGAAGAAGCGAUUAGAGGAGGAGAGAAUGCAGGAAAAGGUUCAGGAAAAGCUUCAUGAAGAGGAGGAGAAAAAUAAGCAAGCUGGGAUCUUGAGAGAAACAGAGCAACGGCAGAGACAACUGGAGGAAGAGAAAAGAAGGCAAGAACAAAUUGCAAAAGAAGCUGAGGAGAGGCGUAAGCAGAAUGAAGAAAUAAAAAAGAUAAAAGAAGCCACCACUUCUCACGAGGCAGAGAAAUGUGCUGCUAAAUUAAACAUAAGUGAGAAGUUUGGAGAUCUGUUGAAACCAACAGAGGGUAAAAGUCUUAAGCCACCCUGGACCAAUGAAGGCAACGCCAUCAGUGCUUCAGAAUCCAGGAAUUCUGUUGCCUUUGUGAAUUACAGAGCUUUGUAUCCGUUUGAGGCGAGGAAUCAUGAUGAGAUGAGCUUUAAUACUGGAGAUAUAAUUCAGGUUGAUGAAAAAAAUGUUGGAGAGCCUGGCUGGCUUUAUGGGAGCUUCCAAGGACGUAUUGGUUGGUUUCCGUGCAAUUAUGUGGAAAGAAUACCAGAAGGAGAAAAAGCUUUGUCUCCAAAGAAGGCCUUACUUCCUCCUACAGUAUCUUUAUCUACUACCUCAGCUACUUCAGAACCACUUUCACCAAGCAGAUCUGUAGAAGAGUCAGAUUACCAGAACGUACAUUUCUCCAGCCUGAACGUUAAUGCAGCGUGGCAACAGAAGUCAGCUUUUACCCGCACUGUGUCCCCUGGAUCUGUGUCACCCAUUCAUGGACAGGGGCAGCCCGUCGAGAACUUGAAAGCACAAGCACUUUGCUCUUGGACUGCAAAAAAAGAUAACCACUUGAACUUCUCCAAAAAUGAUAUCAUUUCUGUCCUGGAGCAGCAGGAAAACUGGUGGUUUGGAGAGGUGCAUGGAGGAAGGGGUUGGUUUCCCAAGUCUUAUGUCAAGCUCUUACCUGGAAGUGAGAAGAAGGAGGAACCAGAAGCUGUUUAUGCAGCAGUAAAGAAGAAGUCCAGUGCACAGCUCUACCCAGCGGGAGAAGAGUACGUUGCACUGUAUUCCUAUUCAAGCUCUGAGCCUGGAGACUUGACUUUCACUGAAGGUGAGGAAAUCCUGGUGACCCAGAAAGAAGGGGAAUGGUGGACAGGGAGCAUUGAUGACAGAACUGGGAUCUUCCCCUCCAAUUAUGUCAGACCAAAGGAUCAAGAAGGUUCUAGUAAUGCUGGCAAAACUGGAACAAUAAAUAAGAAACCUGAAAUUGCUCAGGUGACUACUGCUUAUGCUGCAUCAGGAAGUGAACAGCUUAGUCUUGCGCCUGGGCAGCUCAUACUUAUCCUGAAGAAAAAUGCUAGUGGAUGGUGGCAAGGAGAGCUGCAGGCAAGAGGGAAAAAGAGGCAGAAAGGAUGGUUCCCUGCCAGCCAUGUGAAGUUACUGGGUCCGAGCAGUGAGCGAACCACAUCUGCUGCCCCCUCAGUGUGUCAAGUAAUAGCAAUGUAUGAUUACAUGGCAAACAAUGAAGACGAGCUCAGCUUCUCCAAAGGGCAGCUUAUUAACGUGCUGAGCAAAGAUGAUGCUGACUGGUGGCAAGGAGAACUCAGUGGUGUGACAGGUCUCUUCCCUUCCAACUACGUGAAGAUGACCACAGAUUCUGACCCAAGUCAGCAGUGACCCAAUGUUGUCUUCCAGUGUGAAAGCACCCCAGAGACCCACUAUCCGAGUUUGACUGUAGCGUGGAGGCAGGGUGGCCAGCCCUGCUCACGUAUCUCUGAAACAAUCCUUUUGCUCCGCUUGAAUGCUAGAUCCAGUCAAGAAAUUAGGUUAUCCUGGGUUUUCUUAUCUACAGUUACCGUUGAUUUGUAAAAGAAAGGAUAGUGGGUCUUUGUGUGGCUUUCACUGCUGCUCAUUCUCGUUUCCUUUAGCAUUUUUCUUUGGCGUUGAUAAUCCUCGAUCAUUAGCAUGCAUAUCCAGUUAUCGUUUGCAUGGUGGGAUUGCAGGCACACAAAGACCCACUAUUUGCACAGUUUAUCUGCGCUGUUUCGAAUGGGGAGUUGUGUUCUUUUGAUGUUGUAAUGUACAUACUUUGCAGAAUUAAAAUGUUUGCUGAUUGCUGUUUUAAUUUACUUGAUUUAAUCUCCUACGUAUUGAGCUUUUGAAAUUGACAGCCUGUAGGGCUCACCCAGAAAACAAACCCUUCCUGUUUCAGCUGCUGGUGGUCACUGUGAUUACAAAUAUGCCGCACAGUCCGAGGCUGAGGUCUGUUGGGUCUGGGGCAGUCGUGCCUCCAAAUCACCUUUUUAUCGAGGAAAAAGAUACUAAGCAUCGAAUGGAAGAUCUGUAUUUGUCUUCUUCUUUCACAGUAGCUCUGUGGCAGGAAUUCAGGUUGUUUUGGCUCGAUGUGCCCUAUCCAUAACCAACGUCCUUGAAGUGUUUUAUUCUGACAGCUCACUUUCAGUUUUGGCCAACAGCAAAUUGUAGCGGUCAGUAAGUGCUUAAACAGCCUCUGUGCUACCAGCCCCCUCCUGCCUAACACAAAGGCAGCCCUGGCAAAGAGGUGCUGGUGGAAAAGGAACACUAAAAGACACCUGGAGCUGAAGGCAGAGAAUCUGGGUUUAAGGCAGAGGGCACAGUUACACUGUGCUACUGCUGUCAAUGAGGGAAGGAGCAGAAUAGAAGGCUGUAACCUUGAUGCCCCUCUGGAUGAAAGGAGUCAGCAGCAGCAGGCUGCUUGUCUGAGGACUAGUUCACACUACAUCACUAGUGUGAUCCCGUAGGAGCAGGAGAGAUGUAGGUAAUUUAAUUAAUCUAUUUAAUUUAGUUGGUUUCUGAACUCGGUAACGAAACAGCAAAGGUCACUUAUGCAAUCAGAGAUGUUUACAAGCCACCCUGUGUUUACUGCACGUCUGUGAAUGUUGUGAAGGUACGAUCAGGAAAAGGUUGGUCAGACUGCAGAGAUGUAACAGCCUUUCUGCAGCACCUCUGUAGAAAGAGUGUUAUGUAAUGCAUUCAAUAUGCUUUAUCCAAUAGUAUGGAUGUGCCCUUUAGGUCAGAGGUAUUUCUUUUGUGCAAUAUUGACCACAGCAAUGUGCCUACAGAAACCUACAAAUGGAUUUUUACUCUGGAUGUAUUUUGUCUCAACCAGUAUUUUGCUAUGGAACGAGAUCAUGUUGCUGUAGGCAGAUGACGUGCUCAGUAAUUUCUCCAGUGUUCUGCCUGACUUGAUUUCCUUUUGAAGCUACGUUUUUCAGUAUUUCUGCUAGAAGAUGCUGAGUGGUAUCAAGCAGUCCCUCCCUGUGGUCUAAAAAUCAGGUGAUCUUAGGAAUUGCCCCAUGUCCACAAGGCAGUGCUCGCCUGUGGGAUCGGAGCUCAGCUGACUUCCUGACGUUCAGUGAUUUCCUUAAGGGCCAAACUGCUGCUAAUUCGGGAUGGGGGGAAGGAAAAUAACCUUACAUCCCAUCUGGAGUGAUGCAGGAAAAGUAGCAUUAUAGCAUUGGGCAAAAGCAGCUGGCCUUGCACCUGUCCUUGGGUGGUGCAGUUGGGGUGUAUGAGGACCAUCUCACACAAACAGCCCUACGUUUGGAUGUGUAGGUGAUAAUAACCAUUGAAACAGCUGCCCCUCUGCUUAAACUGAUGGGUAUUGUGAUGAAGCACUGGGGGCUUUCACAGCUUCUCCUGACGUUUCAGUAUUACCUGAGUACAGAUCUUCUAACUAAUAAUAUUGAUAACGGUAUGAUUUACAAUGCUGAUUGGAAAAACCUCAGCCCCUGCCCUUGUGCACAUCAGGCACAGUCACCUCUCUCUGUUCUCCUGUCACGUGCUGGCACAGAAAGAGCUGUACACAUAUACAAGGUUAUCAGUAAGAAAGGCUGUGCCAAGGGUGUAUUAAAGGGCAGAUUUUAAAACAAGGUGUAGCUGUAGAAGCUGUAUUAAUCUGGGAGAAGAACGUUGGUCUUGGAGCAGGUGAGGACAGGGUGAAAACAAGGGAUACCUGCUGAACUGCCGAUCCCCUCUCUGGCCCUGAGAGUCCAAAUGCUUCUCAGAGCAACGAGGCAUUAACAGUUAAAUCUGAAGCCAUCCAAGAGGGCAGAAGGUGGCAUUGCCUAUAGCGCAGUACUUGCUUAGUACUGUUUUCUAUGAAAAUGGGGGCUGCUGUGUAACUGGGUGUCCUACAGCCAAUAUUUAUUCCAUCCCAACGCUUUGUCAGAUUGUAUCCCUUUGUGAUGUUUCUGAGUGGGGCUCAUCACCUGUGCAUAGAUCUGCUCGUAGGAACGCUGGCAAACUGUGCCCUGCAGUGACGUUGGGAGCUGCUGUGGGGCAAUGCUGCUUCCAUGUAAUGAACCAAUAAACUGCUGCUGAACGGUGUGUGCUGCCUUAAAAUAUCUUCUGUUGUUCUCUUUGAACUGGAGUAUUAACGUAUGAGGAUGACUGGACAUGCAAAUGCAGGCUGUGCUUAGCAUGAGGCAAUUGUUCAUCUUUGGGUUGAAACGCAGUUGUAAGAUAACUAUGCAAAUGUACUUUAUUAAAGGGACACAUAAAAGGA